AUGACACAGACAGAGAGAGGGACAUAUGACUUCCGUUACAAUGGGAAGAAUUUUGUCUGCCGCUGGAAUGGUAUUUCUGUGGUAACUGUUGCUUCAAACUAUGCUACACAUGAGCCAAUUUCUAAAGCAAAGAGAUACUCAAGAAUAGGAAAGAAAAGAGUUGAGAUACCUCAGCCGGCUCUGAUUGAGAGAUACAAUGUAGGAAUGGGCGGCGUUGAUCUAUUAGACAGACUCUUAGGAAGUUACCGUCCACAGCUUAGGAGCAAAAAAUGGUGGUGGAACUUAUUUUCUAAUGCUUUAAAUAUGGGAGUAGUAGCAAGCUGGUUGAUACACUGUGAAAUCCACAAAGGCAAAGGUUGUCGCACCUCCAAUUCCACCGCAACAUCACAAUGGCUUUGCUAA